GAGGAGCGCCAGCGGGAGGCGACAGCCGCGACCGAAAGGACGGGGACUGCGGCCAGCGGCGUCCACUAGCGCCGGCCGCCGGGAUGUCCCCGGGCGCUCCCUGACCGGCCGGCCGCGCGCACGGCGACUCGCACGCCCGGGCCCGGCUCUGCGGCGGUGGAGGCGCGCGAGGGGGACGCGGCCCGGCAUGAGCGACUGCGGGUAAACACGCCGCCGAGGGGCCCAGAGGCCGCGAGCAGCUGCUUUUCUCCCAGUCGCAGCCCUGCCCUUGGAUUUGCGACCAUGUCCAUUCACAUCGUGGCGCUGGGGAACGAGGGCGACGCAUUCCACCAGGACAACCGGCCGUCGGGGCUCAUCCGCACUUACCUGGGGAGAAGCCCUCUAGUCUCAGGGGACGAGAGCAGUUUGUUGCUGAACGCGACCAGCACCGUCGCGCGUCCGGUGUUCACCGAGUACCAGGCCAGCGCCUUUGGGAACGUCAAGCUGGUGGUGCACGACUGUCCCGUCUGGGACAUUUUUGACAGUGACUGGUACACCUCUCGAAAUCUCAUCGGGAGCGCCGACAUCAUUGUGAUCAAAUACAACGUAAAUGACAAGUUUUCAUUCCAUGAAGUAAAGGAUAAUUAUAUUCCAGUGAUAAAAAGAGCAUUAAAUUCGGUUCCAGUAAUCAUUGCUGCUGUUGGUACCAGACAAAAUGAAGAACUGCCCUGCACCUGCCCGCUGUGCACCUCAGACAGAGGGAGCUGUGUCAGCACGACCGAGGGGGUGCAGCUGGCCAGAGAGCUGGGGGCCACCUACCUGGAGCUGCAUAGCCUCGAUGACUUCUACAUAGGGAAAUACUUCGGAGGGGUGUUGGAGUAUUUUAUGAUUCAAGCCUUAAAUCAGAAGACAAGUGAAAAGAUGAAGAAAAGAAAAAUGAGCAGCUCAUUCCAUGGAAUUAGACCCCCUCAGUUGGAGCAGCCAGAGAAAAUGCCUGUCUUAAAGGCAGAAGCAUCGCAUUACAACUCUGACUUGAAUAACUUGCUGUUGGGCUGCCAGUGUGUGGACGUGGUCUUCUACAGCGCAGAUCUGGCGGAGGUGGCGGAGGCCCACAAGAUCCUCCUCUGCGCUGUCAGCCAUGUGUUCAUGCUGCUCUUCAGCGUGAAGAGCCCCAGAGACAUUCAGGAUGCCAGCAUCAUCCAGACCACCCAGGAUCUCUUUGCCAUAAACAGAGACGCUGCCUUUCCAGGUGCUAGCCAGGAAUCUCCCGGCAACCCCCCGCUGCGCGUCGUCGUGAAGGACACCCUCUUCUGCUCCUGUCUCCUGGACAUCCUUCGCUUCAUUUACUCAGGUGCUUUUCAGUGGGAAGAAUUGGAAGAAGAUAUCAGGAAGAAAUUGAAAGAUUCUGGGGAUGUUUCAAAUGUAAUUGAGAAAGUUAAAUGCAUUUUAAAAACACCAGGAAAGAUUAAUUGCCUAAGGAAUUGCAAAACCUAUCAAGCCAGAAAACCUCUGUGGUUUUAUAACACUUCUCUCAAGUUUUUUCUCAACAAGCCAAUGCUCGCUGAUGUGGUCUUCGAGAUACAAGGGACGACAGUGCCGGCCCACAGGGCCAUCCUGGUGGCCCGGUGUGAAGUGAUGGCGGCCAUGUUUAACGGUAAUUACAUGGAGGCAAAGAGCGUCCUGAUCCCAGUGUAUGGUGUUUCCAAAGAGACGUUCCUGUCGUUUUUAGAAUACCUGUACACAGACUCUUGUUGCCCAGCUGGCAUUUUCCAGGCCAUGUGUCUCCUGAUCUGCGCUGAGAUGUACCAGGUGUCCCGGCUGCAGCACAUCUGCGAGCUGUUCAUCGUCACCCAGCUGCAGAGCAUGCCCAGCCGGGAGCUGGCCUCCAUGAGCCUCGACAUCGUCGACCUGCUCAAGAAGGCCAAGUUUCACCACUCUGACUGCCUUUCGACCUGGCUGCUUCAUUUCAUUGCCACUAACUACCUCAUCUUCAGUCAGAAGCCUGAAUUUCAGGAUCUUUCAGUGGAAGAACGCAGCUUUGUGGAGAAGCACAGAUGGCCAUCAAAUAUGUACUUGCAGCAGCUGGCCGAGUACAGGAAAUAUAUCCACUCCCGGAAGUGUCGCUGCUCAGUCAUGUGACCUGCCGCUUUCAUGCACUUCACUUAUUAUUAUUAUGAAGAAUGGGAUACCUCUGGGUUCCAGGAAAAUUCUUAUGACCUAAACCAAUAUAGGCACUAAAAAAAAAAAAAAGUCAGCAUACAGCUAAAUAUGUUUAUUAAUUCUCUUUGAAAAUACUACUAUUGUGGUCUUAAAAGGGAAUAAAACAUAACGUAGACUACAAGGCCUCACCCUAGAACAUAAAGCUGUUGUACAGGUACCUUUGCCCUUUAAGGUAUCCUAUUAUAUUAGUGAUAUUAAGACCUUUCCCAGUUAAGAUGCUAAAAGUUUUUUAAAAAAUCUUGUAGGAUUAAUUCAAUAGGUCUGUUCAAUUGCUCUAUUGAAGUAAGGAGCAUUUAGAGUCCCUGUGUAAUGAGGGACUCAUUUCUCUCAUUUCUGUAAUGAGAAAUCUAAGAGAAGACUCAUCAGUCCAUCGUGAGAGUUUAGGAAUAGAAACUUGCCUGGGGUUUUGAAAGUGAAAUGUCACUUGGUUCCCAACUGGUGACAGGGUUUGAAUCAUAAUGGGAAAAAAAAUUCUGUUUUUCAUCUGAACAACCAAGUUGAGCCACCUGUUUCCUUCUGGAAUUCUCACUGGCCUUCUCCGUGUGUGACUUGUGUGGCUCCACACUUGAUCCAAGGUUCUGCUGUCACCGUAUUGAAAUUCUUAAUAUUUUAUGUUUAAAGAUGGGCCCUGUGUUUUCACUUUGCACUGGGCCCCCCAUCCCCCAGAUCAUGCAUAUUUCCUGGCAGGAACUAUACUAUGUUUUCUUGCUCAAACAGCUUUCUCUCUGAAUGCGGAAAAGAAGCAUUAGUACUGAGGGAAGAGAAGGAGGCUCACUGGAGGGAAGCGCUCACAUGAUGGAGACUCGCUUCUGCGGGGAGGUGGACCACCCAGGGCCUCCACUCACAUGAUGGAGACUCGCUUCUGCGGGGAGGUGCACCACCCAGGGCCUCCACUGCCACUUUGGCUGGUGGCCAGCACAGGAAAACUGCUUUACCAUACCCACAGUGCUGUACCACAGAUAAACAAAUACUUUCUCAGUCAUUCUGUGAGACUAUUGAUAAGAGUGACUGGCCAGCCUGAAUUUAAUACACAUUUAUGAAGAUACUCAUAGGAAAACAUGUCCUCUAGAGAAUUUACCAUUGAAAGCUUGAGACUUUUUUUUUAAAUGAGUAUUUACUAAGAUUGAAGGUCAGUGGCUUAAAUUAUCUGAAUUGUUUUCAAGGACCUCAAAACUGUUUGAUGAGGAAUAGUAUGAAUCUUGUCCUUCAGAUUGCCAAGUAAGUUAAAGGACAGGAUUUAACAGAGACGUGUUUUCUGUGUGGCGAGAAUGGACAGACUGAGUUCCUCUUGCAUCACGUGCAUACCGGUCGUUCCUUCCGAAGCUCACAGCCUAGAGCUGCAAGAGCACGCUGCCCAUUGUUAGCGUCAUUUUCAUCUGUCACUCAGUACUGGAAUAUAUUUUUCUUUUAAUUUCCAGUGACUUCAGAGUAUACAUAGUGUUUCCAACAUUUCAAAGGUUUGAUUGGUUGUAUUUCAUAGUAAUAGGAUCCCAUACUGUUAGCCCUGGUAUGUAUACAACACUGUUGGGGAAAAAAUUCCCUAUAGAUAUUCCAAGAAACCCGAUUUUAAUCCAUUUGUAUCACUGAAAAUUACUGGAAUGCAUUAUAUGCUUUUUGUAAUUUAAUCACUUGACUCAGUCAGCUAUUGGCAACCAUUUGAUAAGGAUUAGCCCUGUAAAGAAUCCAUACUGUAGUAAAUUCCUAGAAAUUCAUUUACAUUUAAGUUCUCAAAUGCAGUGAUAUCCUUUUGUUCGUCAUAAACAUAUUCUCACCCCUAUAUGAAUUACAGCAUUUGAAAUUCUAAAUCAAUAACUUGAUCUAGGAAAUUGAAAAAUACAAGUUGCAAAGCAAAAUAUUUUCUUGGAAAUACUAUUUCAUGCUUAAACAGACUGGAGACAUUCUUUAAGGGUAAGUGGGAGUUGGACUUAGAGGCUGGUGCUCAGCUGGUGUGGAGCAUGUAGUUUUCAUGACAAAAGUCCUUUCCCAUCUGUAUGAGUGAUUCAAAGCUCUUCAGAGCUGGUCCAGACAGUGAUCCAAUAGUGUUUAAAUCCAUUUGGAUGCAGACCAACUCUUGAGUACCUUUAAAUUAACUGAAUUUAAAAUAACAAGAAAUCUGAAAAUACUUAAAACUAUCUUGGAGAAAUGUGCAGGGUUUGUUUCUUUUUAACUGGAAGAUUCUGUCCAGCUGGUGUGUGCUCUGUGCUUUCUCUGCUUCAGUGUGUCCACCAGUGACUUUAAUGUGAGAAUACACUAUAAGGAGGAGCUAAGCCUUUUUCUUUCUGGGCCUGAUCGUCACUAUAUUUGAUGCUUUGUACACUUCUGACUACUCAUGUUCACAGUAUAGAAAACUAGAUUUGUGAUACAGAAUGUUGAGUAAUGUAACUGAAAUUAACCCUGUCCACGCCAGGAUGGUGGUUUCGUAUUGGGUAGUAACAGAAGACUGAAGAGUUGGAUGAAUCCGACUCCCAAGACAGCUAACCUUUUCAACUGUAAUUUUGAAAACUACACUACACCGAUAUAGUUAAUCAGACAAAAAUGUCCUCAAAGGUACUUUAUUUUAUUUAAAGCAUCUGUUUCAUUCAACCUUUAAUAGUUUUGCAAAGAAGGUUGUGUGUGUCUUUUAAUAUAGCCUGACCUAAAUUUAUAUGUUUUUAGCUUUAGUAUUUAACAUUUUUUAACAAAUAAACCUUGUUUUAAAGCAAAUU